AUGGGUGUUUUUCUCCUGAGCCAACCUGAGGGUGAUUGUGGCCUCAAUACUCUUGCAGCCUGCUCUCCUCAGGAUCUCAGUGUGAGGCACUCUGUCACACCAAGUGAUUCCCAGGAUGCACUGGAGACAGCAGAUGUGGAAGUGUUCCAGGGACUUGAUGUGGCGGCUGUAAGUAACCCAUGCUUCACAGCUGUAGAGGAGGGUGGUGAUGCAGACUGCUUGGUUCAGAAUAAAGUGUAUGAGGAGCUGUGUGGUGUGCUGGAUGUGCACUACCCUCAGUACAGUGACCGACACAGAAUCCCAUAUAUGUGUGCUCUGAUCAGUGAGAUGUUAAGACUUCGACCUGUAGCUCCCCUUGCUGUGCCCCACAGAGCCAUACGAAACAGCAGUCCUCUAUUUAGUAUUGCAGGCCAUUUCAUCCCCAAGAAUACAAUAAUCAUUCCUAAUCUAUAUGGUGCCCACCAUGAUCUAGAGGUCUGGGAUGAUCCAUACAGCUUCAAACCAGAACGCUUUUUGGAAGGUGGUGGAGGGUCCCUUCGUGCCCUGAUUCCUUUUGGAGGAGGGGCCCGACUGUGUCUGGGAGAGGCAGUAGCCAACAUGGAGAUGUUUCUCUUCACUGCCUAUCUACUGCGAGACUUUCAGUUCCUGCCUGCCAGUAAAGAGGAGCCUCUGCCUGACCUGCGAGGCGUCGCCAGCGUGGUUCUUAAAGUCAAACCACACACAGUUAUAGCACACCCAAGAGAACAGUAACUGAUUAUGAAUAGAGCACCGCAGGAAUGAGUCCUAAAACGCACAAGCUGAUUUUUUUUUUUUUUUACUUUCCAUUCCAUCAUCCCAGUGUUAAUGGUUCUUGAAUAGGUUUUCAGUUAAAUGCCUGAAAUAAUGUUUGUAGUUAACACAAGCUCAAGCUAUUUUCCCAUUUCAUUCUACAGCAUAAAGUA